UACUUGUGAAUAGAUAGAUGGAUGGGCGUCCAUCUUGAAUAUCGCUGAAUUUGUGCCGGUUAUGUGAUAGAAGUGUAAUUUAUUUUAAGAAACUUCGGUUUUAUCGUUAACUUUUAACAAGUUUAUGAAUGCUUAUUGUAUUUAUAGCAUAAAAUAGGAUAAUCUACAGUAAUGUGCUAGUAUUGUUACUCAAGACUUAUGCGAUUUCCGGAAAGACGAUCGUCAACAAGACCUUAGGUUGGCAAAGGCUAAAUACGAUGGCAGUGCCUAGUAGAGCGCGGGUGUAUGCCGAUGUAAACUCACAAAAACCCAGAGAGUACUGGGAUUACGAGAGCUAUGUCGUCGAUUGGGGUAAUCAAGAGGACUAUCAGUUAGUACGCAAGCUGGGGCGCGGUAAAUACAGUGAAGUAUUCGAAGCAAUAAAUAUCACAAAUAAUGAGAAGUGUGUAGUAAAAAUAUUAAAGCCUGUGAAAAAGAAGAAGAUAAAAAGAGAAAUAAAAAUAUUAGAAAACUUGAGAGGAGGCACAAAUAUUAUAACAUUGCAAGCUGUGGUAAAGGACCCUGUGUCACGUACACCAGCUCUGAUCUUUGAACAUGUCAACAACACUGACUUUAAGCAGCUGUAUCAGACUUUGUCAGACUAUGAUAUAAGAUACUACUUGUAUGAACUCCUUAAGGCUUUAGAUUAUUGUCACAGUAUGGGUAUAAUGCACCGGGAUGUUAAGCCUCAUAAUGUAAUGAUCGACCAUGAUAACAGAAAGCUGCGUCUCAUAGAUUGGGGCUUGGCUGAAUUUUAUCAUCCUGGGCAGGAGUACAAUGUUCGAGUUGCUUCUAGGUACUUUAAAGGUCCUGAACUUUUGGUAGAUUAUCAAAUGUAUGAUUAUUCACUUGAUAUGUGGUCAUUAGGGUGCAUGUUGGCAUCUAUGAUCUUCCGUAAAGAGCCUUUCUUCCAUGGUCAUGACAAUUAUGACCAGCUUGUACGUAUUGCUAAAGUGCUGGGAACUGAAGAAUUAUUUGAAUAUUUGGACAAAUAUCAUAUAGAAUUGGAUCCUCGGUUUAAUGAUAUUCUUGGAAGGCAUUCCCGUAAGCGAUGGGAACGAUUUGUACAUUCAGAAAACCAACAUUUGGUGUCCCCAGAAGCUCUAGACUUUUUAGACCGUCUGUUGCGCUAUGAUCACUAUGAGCGUUAUACUGCUCGUGAAGCAAUGGAUCAUCCAUAUUUUUACCCAAUAGUGAAGGAGCAAGGGCGUAUGGUGUCAUCUAACGCUCCAUCUCCAAAUGCGUUGCAAGGACCAAUAAUUGCAGCAGAAUAAUUGUUAUAAAAUUUAUGAUCUUUAUAACAAUAUAUAUUGAAAUAUUUAUUUGUACGAGUUUUCUGAAGAACAGAGAUAAGGAAAUGCUGGGACAGUCUAGUGACAAAGAGACUAUUCGCAAGGGAGACAGUGUGGGGCGCCAUUCUCAAAUCCGGUUAAUUUUAAACUUCUUACUGAUUAAAGUAUAAUUUGGAAAGACAUGUUAUAUUUUAGUGUUAAUACUAGCAAAUCUGGUUUAUUGGUUUGUUUUAACUCUGAAUAAAGUUUAGUCCCAUUGGAAAUGUUCUUGGCUGUUACAUCAAUUGUCUUCUAAAGACAACUUAAUUACUAAUUUAAACCUUUUCUUGAGUAAGUUUAACAUGAAUCAU